UGAUCACAAUAUGGUUGAAGGAAAGAGGGAAAUGGCGAUACCCCGGCUUUUUCAUAUUGCCCAUUGUAAUUUCAACCAGACACAAACACAAUCGCAUGUCAGGGGCAACUCGUGGGCGAACGUAAACAAAUACAAAAGGUGCAAUGUUCCGUGUUGACAACUGGCAAGAGCUUGAUGGUGUAAAAAUAAAAUCUUUGAGGCUGGCUACCGAAAGCGCUGUCAACUUGAAACAUUCUCAAAGAGAAUGUCAAUCUGCUUGAUUAUGCUUGACUCAGAAGCAUAAAAUACUGUUUAAAAGGCGUCAGAGAUACAAUCAGCUAAAUUGAACUGUCAAACUUUGUCACUGGGUACCCGUUUGGAAGGGUCCUUGUGAUUGGUCGGUGGUUGAAAAUCACUACACAUAUCAAAUAAAUAGUUAUCGGUAUACGCGCAGAAGGGAACCAGACGAUUUGUCAUAAAUGCUGGUGUGUGACAUAUACUGAGCUGAGUGAACAGAGCGCUGUCGUGAGCACCUCACCAGCCGCUAGACCACCGACUGCAAUCCUUGCCUGAUUGUCCUGGCUCGGCCAGCUGCUCACUCCCAACAUACAGAGUCAGCCGAGUGAGGCAGGUAAGGUUAACAUCAUGGCUGGUUUUUCAAGGGCCAGUCUUUAUUCCAGGCUUGUCGUUGCUGCUUCGGUGGCCUGCUUGGCCAGUUUCUACUGCAGUUUGGUGGGCAGCGCCAUGGUUCCUGCGAAUGCACAGACACUCAUGGGAGGACAGCGGGGGGACGGUGACCCCUCACCGCCACUUGCCCAUGUAGACAGCCACACACCCCACCGCAAAGGCUUGAAACACCCGCAGUGGGAAUCAGAUUCUAAGUUUUCAUCGUCAAAAAUCGCAAUAGACAAUAACCACCCCACCAUGCAACAUUUUACAAAAACCAAAGAUGCAGAAGUGAGUGAUUACAACCAAAGAAUAAACAUGGACGGAUCAAGUACGAGAGAAAACCGUAUUCUCCUUGACGACUCGUUGAUGGUACGGGAAGAGGAGCAGCCAAUUCGGUCGCGGGUCGCGCGAGCUGCUGCCGAGUCAGUUCCAGUUGCCAGUUCGAAAUUCCUAGAAAAAACUGUGGAGAGUUUCAACAACUUUGAGGGGUCCGGUUCUGACCAGCCAUCCCAGGAUGAUGUCCAAAAAGGUAUGGUGGAGGAGCCUUCUGCAGAGACGCGGCUCGGGGUAGACAACGCCGAUUGCCCUGAGUGUCUCCGCAGGAAACAGGAAAUGAAGAAACUUCCCCCGGAGAAGCUCCGUCAGAUGCGUCUGGAGCAGAUUAAGAAAAGAAUUCUGAGCAAACUGAAAAUGGAUCAAGCCCCGAAUAUCAGCGCUAGUAGUGUGGACAUACCAGAGCCCUUGGCCCGGGGACGGAUGGUGGAAAAUAACAACGACGUCUCAGGGAUGGUCGACCAAGAAGAUUCUUAUUUGGAAGAUGACAGAUGGGAGGAGGAAGAACUAAACGAAAUUGAGGAGAAUUAUCAGGACACCAGUCAAGUCAUCGUCACUGCUCAAGAAGGUCUUGGUGCUUGUCCACAUAAGACGUCCUCCAGUGGUUGCUUCAGCUUCGAAAUUACUUCAAACGUGGAGGAGAACAUCGUGUCAGCCAAGUUGUGGUUCCUCCUGAAUGACAGUCCCAUGGAGGUGGACCAAAAUCGGACGUUGGUGGUGUCCCACAUCGGUACCGGUCGCCACUCUCGCCGGACAUCGCUUCACACCGUCACUGUGGUGUAUCGGGCAGACUGGGUGACGGUGGAUGUCACGCGUGCCGUGCGGCAUCUGGUGGUACACGCCAAAAAAAACUACCUAUUCGAGGUCAGGUGCACGACGUGCCUGAACACCGGGAACCCCACCAACAUGAAGUCCGGGCGGCGGCCCUUCCUCGUCUUGGGGAAAACCGAACGACGUCCCCGUUUGCCCCGAUCCAUCAUCUGCCCCCCGAAUCACACAACGUGCUGUAAGGAGAUAUUUUAUGUCUCAUUUGCUGAACUCAAAUGGGACUGGAUCAUUGAACCGAAAGGUUAUUCUGCCAACUAUUGUAGAGGGUCAUGUGAGGACAACGUAGCACAAGGAUAUGGCCACACCUAUAUCAUGACUACAGUGAAGAACAUGAAUGUAGACAGAGGACUGUCUAUAAUUCCCUGCUGCGCCCCGAUCAAGACCAAGCCCCUGGUCCUUCUGUAUUAUGAUAAUGAAGGUUUUAUCUAUAAGAAACAGCUACAGAACAUGAUCACGGAGAGCUGUGCUUGUAUGUAAAGGAACCUUGAGUUUCUAUUAUUUAUUGAACACGAUGCGUCAGGUAGCAUCCUGAGAUGAAUGGUCAUAGGCCUAUGACAAUCAGAGGUAAAAACCGAACUGAAGAGCAGAGAUUCCUCGUGAGUAAAAUCAAUCGAUACGGUUUAGAUAUUGGCGCUUGGCUUGAAACUGUUCAAAACGAGCAUGCAGUAGAAUAUUUUAAGUUCAGUUCAGUGUCAGCUGUCAGAAAUAUCUAAAAAUGGUUCGAGCGGAAACCGAGAUCGUUAGUUAAAAGAGCCAUUUCUUCCACAGCUCCCUAAGAAAUCAUUCUGAGUCAAUUAUUAUCUUUGUAGCCGUUUUACCCCCAGCUGUGCAAACUGUGAAUUUGAAAUUUUCGUUCAGUAAUUAGCAGUCGUACACCUAUCGGGGCGCUGUGCAGCUUAUGCAGCGAAGGUUAUUGUAGCGAUGGAAAUCACAGAGGUCCAGUUCUCUGCGCACGUUCGGGUUCCCCUUGGCAUGUCUGUGACCAUUCCUGUCACUCACUCCAAGCACCCUGUCCGAGUGAGCAAACCAGAGGACAUAUGUUCCUACCCCGGAGCUCCCGUGAGAAGACGCUGUGAGCAGACUAUAAGCUAGCACCGAGUCCUUUCAGUCUUGCUUAUGCACUUAGAGUCCGUUGGAGGAAAAAACAGCAAAACAGAAAAUUGAUGUUCUAGUGCUGAGAAAAUUUGUUGUACUUUUUUAGUGGAAAGGUUACCGGAUCUUGGCUGUAGAUCUUGGUCACUGUUUUUGGAGUCGUCUUUGCUAUUAUAAGCCCAGUGGCGUAACUACGAGGGCACAGGGGGGCACGUGCCCCCCAACGGAGGCCCGUGCCCCCCAGGUGCCUCCCCCCAUUUGAAAUUUUGAAAUAGACAAAAUAUAUAUUAUAAUUAUAUAAUUUUUUCCAGUUCCCCCUGAAAAAAAUUGUGCACCCCCAGGUGCCCCCUCAGCUGUAGCACCCUAGUUACACCACUGUAUAAGCCAAUGGAUGUUUCAAUCAUGGACUUGAACCCCCCCACCGGCAGUGCUUUUCAGGAAGAUGUUUCUUCAUUCUUGAUUUAAAAUCAUGGCUUCCAAAAAUCGGCAAGUGGGCGUUGCAUAUAUUUUUACCUGGACUUUCCAAAUUAAAAGUACAUUGUACAUAGCCAUUUCUACGAAAUUAGCCCUUAGUAUGGAAAAAUUGUUCGUCGUUUGUGUGAUAGACAUUAGAAGAGUGAUUAAAAAUAAAGCCUGCUUGUGCGACAAGUUUUUUCUUGAAAAUUAAUAUAAAAAUUGCAUAAACAUGCGGGAUAGCGGCCAACUUUGAUUAAUUUGUAAUUGUGCGAUGCAUUGUUGGAGUAAAAGAUGAAUGUUUCUCGAGGAUUUUUGCCAGAAAUUUUUGCUAAACAAAAGACAGCAUUUCAGAGAACCGGAACGAUGCUCGUUGCACAAAAUGAAUUUCUAAGAGAUGCGUUGCGGUUGAGAUAUUUUAGCGACACUUUUGAAUGGAAUAUAGGAAGCAGUUUUUUCAUUUACUAUUUUGUAAUGACUUUAUGACUUAUUUAAGUAUCUAUUGUAUUUUUACAAAAGGAAAUAGUGCAAUUUCUUAAAAAAAGAAGCUUACGUAAUUUGCAGAAUUUCUUUGAAACUAAUUUUUUAACUAUCUUUUUGCAGUGUCUUAUUUGGAUAAUCAUGAUGUGCCCAGUCGCAUUUAAAAAUCAUGUUCUGCAUUAAUGUCUGCACCAAGCAUGAAUGUUGUCUAUAUUAUCAGCAAGACUGGUGGUACAGCCUUUUUGAAUUCGUGUUUUGUUUGAUGUUACGAGAGAGAAAAGUAAUUGAGUGGUCUAAUUUUACAAUGUAAUUAGAAUGUCAUUAUUAAUUAUGUAACUGCAUGUUUAAUUGGGGUUUGCAUUAGGAAUAUAGUUAACCAGUAUCCAAAGUUCAGAAACUGGAAUCGAAUAAUAUGCAGCCAUAAAAUCGAAUGCGAAAAAAAAGCAUUCAAUGAUAAGCCCUAUGUUUAAUGUUUAGUUCGUUUCUUUCAAAGUGUUGUUGGAAUUUGAUAAAGUUAAAAACUAAAAGAAUAAAUGAUCUUUUAACUAAAAAUGCAUCAUUAAUGUGUCAACGCAAGAUAAGGAUUGAAUGUGAACGUAGUGUUGGCAUUUUAAGUGUCUUGUUCAUUUCAUUUCUGAAUCGAGCGGUGUUUGUUUAUUUGAAAGGCUUAUUUUACAAGUUUGUAAAAAGGAUAAAGAUAUAUUAAUGUUUGACUGUCCUGUGUUAUAAGUGUAGAAUAUGUGAUUAACGAUUACUUGAAGAGGCUGUGGUUUGGGGGGAAAUACUUCUAAAAUGCCAGUGAGGGUACUUUUUCAAAACAUCAUCUUGAAUGAGUAUUUUAAUUUGAUUAAACGUUCAAUGCGCCAAGCGCAUUCAAUAUGCAAGCACGUAUAACAUUUUGUAAAUUGUUCAUACAAAUUACGAAUAUUCGAUAAAUAUCAAAUUUAAUUUCAUAGCCUUAUCGUUUAAAUAAAGAUAUCUUUCUGAUAACAGAA